AUGGUGAGUAAGUUUUUGCUUCGUGUAUCACGUGCUGAAAACGACUCGAAAGCUGCAGAGCCGCUGUGCGAGGUUUUCGCCUCGAUCACAUGUCAGGUUUUGACCAUUGUCUAUCAAUUGUACGGCCGCGUCGUCGUCGUUGUCGUCGUCGUCGUCGUCGAUCUCAUCAGCAGUUUGGACUCGUUGAAUGAGCAGAUCGAAGAGUUUCAACAAACACACCGCUGGCCCGUGCAACAGUCAUCAAACGAUGCCGCAUUAGCCGCCUCCAUCGCCUCUGCACACCGUCGUUGCUCCUCGUCUCUGAUCGACAAAUCCGACGUCGUGUUUAUCCAGAACCUGUUGAUGAGCACCCGAAAGCAGUGCACCCGAAUGGUGAGCGCCAAUCAGUAA